AUGGCUUCCUUCCUCAGGCGCACAGCCCUCGACUGCUGUCGUUUGCCUCGACUGGCGGGCAGGGCCAACCAGGCUCGUCUAGUAUCAACCAAGUCCAUCCACGAUGAACUCGCCGAUAUCAUCCCAGGACGGCUAGAGAUGGCCAAGAUGCUGAAGACUAACCACGGCGACAAGAAGCUCGGUGACGUCCAAGUCUCGCACGUCUUCGGCGGAAUGAGAGGCCUCAAGGCCAUGCUCUGGGAUCCCUCCGUCCUCGACUCCGAGGAGGGCAUCCGAUUCUGGGGAAGAACGAUCGCCGAGUGCCAACAGGUCCUGCCCAGUGCAAAGGAUGGAUCCGAGAUGCUACCUGAAAGCAUGUUCUGGUAUCUGUUGACCGGCAAAGUCCCCAGCGAGAAGCAGAUCGAAGCUUUCCAAGCCGACCUUGCCGAAAGAAGUACCAAGGUGCCCAAAUUCAUCGAGCAGCUCAUCGAUUCAUUCCCCAAGACACUUCACCCCAUGACCCAAUUCGUCAUGGCCACCGCCGCAUUGAACCACAACUCUAAAUUUGCUGCCGCCUACUCCUCCGGAGUUAAGAAGGCCGAUUACUGGAAGUCGACAUUGGAGGACUCGCUCGAUCUUGCCGCCAUGGUUUACCCUAUCGCCGCUCGGAUCUACGUCACCAAGUACAAGGGCGGUGCCAAGAACUUGCCAGCCAUCAACAAGAACAAGGAUCUCUCGUGGAACUUUGCCCAACAGACCGGCUUUGGUGACUCCCAAGGGUUCAUCGAGCUCGUCCGGCUAUACAACGCUCUCCACACCGAUCACGAGGGUGGUAAUGUCUCUGCCCACACCACCCAUUUGGUGGGCUCAGCCCUCUCGGACCCUUUCUUGUCCUACUCGGCCGCUUUGGCUGGUCUCGCCGGACCGCUCCACGGACUUGCCAACCAGGAAGCUUUGCGAUUUGUGCUUGAGAUGAAAGAGGCCGUCGGAGACAAACCCAGCGCUGAGAAAGUUAAGGAAUACAUCUGGAGUGUCUUGAAGUCUGGCCGAGUUGUCCCAGGCUAUGGCCAUGCCGUAUUGAGGAAACCCGACCCCCGUUUCGCUGCUCUCCGAGAGUUUGGUAACAGACGCCCAGAAGUUGCAGCCGACCCCGUCUUCCAACUAGUCGACGCCCUCUACCAACAAGCUCCCGGUGUCUUAACAGAGCAUGGCAAGACGAAGAACCCAUUCCCUAACGUUGAUGCCGCCUCCGGUUGCGUGCUCUACCACUACGGCAUGACCGAGUUUGAGUACUACACAGUUCUCUUCGGUUGCUCGCGUGCGAUGGGUGGCUUGAGUCAGUUGGUCUGGGACCGUGUCCACAACCUGCCGAUCGAGAGACCCAAAUCGCUCAGCAUGGAGGCUAUUGCCAAGAUUGUCGGAGCUUAA